AUGAAGCGUCUUCUAGUUUUGUUGUUGGUGACUGCUGUCUUCGCCGAGGAGAAGAAGAUAGAAGAGAAGACAGAAGAGAAGAAACAUGGCAAGAGAGGAAUAGAAGACUUCGGUGGACACGAGUUCAGUGGUGGAGACUUUAGUAGACAUGAUUUUGGAGAUCAUGGUUUUGGGGGACAUGACUUUGGGGGCCAUGACUUCGGGGGCCAUGACUUUAGUAAUCAUCACCACCACGAGGUGAAGACCAUCACGAUAGAGAAGGAGGUGAAGGUGCCGUACCCGGUCCACGUGGAGAAGAAGGUACCGUACCCUGUCAAGGAGUACAUUCCUAAACCUUACCCUGUCGAGAAGAAAAUACCCUACCCUGUGAAGGUGCAUGUAGAGAGGCCAGUUCCCGUGCAUAUCCCCAAACCUUACCCCGUCUACGUAGAGAAGAAGGUGCCCUACCCUGUAAAGAAACAUAUCCCUUACCCGGUCAAGGUGCAUGUCCCCCGGCCUGUCCCCUAUCACGUUCCUGUUGUCAAACACGUGCCUUACCCCGUCGAGAAGAAAGUCCCUUAUCCUGUCAAGGUGCCAGUUGAGAAACCAGUCCCCUACCCUGUGGAGAAGCCUUACCCCGUCCACGUAGAGAAGAAAGUUCCCUACCCGGUGGAGAAGGAGGUGCCAUAUCCAGUAAAGGUUCCGGUUCACAUCCCAGUCCAUACAUCAGUGGAGAUGAAGUGUCUUCUAGUCUUGUUGUUGGUGACUGCUGUCUUCGCCGUGGAGAAGAAGGUCGAAGAUAAGAAAGAAGAGAAGACACAUGACAAGAGAGGAAUAGAAAACUUCGGUGGACACGAGUUAAGUAAUGGAGACUUUGGUGAACAUGAUUUACAAAGUCAUGGUUUUGGAGGUCAAGACUUCGGAGAACAUGACUUUAGUAAUCAUCACCACCACGAGGUGAAGACCAUCACUAUAGAGAAGGAGGUGAAGGUGCCGUACCCGGUCCACGUGGAGAAGAAGGUACCGUACCCUGUCAAGGUGCACGUCGAGAGGCCGGUCCCAUACCCUGUGGAGAAACCUUACCCUGUGACUGUGGAGAAGAAAGUGCCUUACCCGGUCAAGGAGUACAUCCCUAAGCCUUACCCUGUCGAGAAGAAGAUUCCUUACCCUGUGAAGGUUCCUGUGGUUAGACCAGUCCCCGUGCAUAUCUCCAAGCCUUACCCCGUCUACGUAGAGAAGAAGGUGCCUUACCAUGUAGAGAAACACAUCCCCUACCCGGUCAAGGUGCAUGUCCCCCGGCCUGUCCCCUAUCUCGUUCCUGUUGUCAAACACGUGCCUUACCCCGUCGAGAAGAAAGUUCCUUAUCCCGUCAAGGUGCCAGUUCAGAAGCCAGUCCCCUACCCUGUGGAGAAGCCUUACCCCGUCUACGUAGAGAAGAAGGUUCCCUACCCGGUGGAGAAGGAGGUGCCGUAUCCAGUCAAGGUUCACAUUCCGGUCCAUGUCCACGAGCAUCAUGCACAUGAGGAACAUCACUUCGGAGGACAUCACCACCAAGAAGAGAAGCAAGGACACGAAAUUUUCCACUUUGGCAACCAUGAACUAUAA